ACUGCAUUUAUAGUUGGUUGCAGAAAAUUGUUGUUUAUGAAUAUAAUACGCUUUUAACAUCAGAUAAUCUAAAAUCAGCAAUACAGUGUUUCAAGACUUUUCGGUUUAACCUUCAGUGGAAAUGUAUUUAAAAGAAGAAUUGAGCGACAUUUGAAUAUUGAAUACUCACAGGAGAAUUUUGAAUUGAUGUGCCAAACAUGAAUGCCGCAAAUUGUCUGGAAGGUCGGCGGGAGUUAGAUGCUUUCAAAUGCGCCGAAACUACUUGUCAGAUAGUGCGUCGAUUCAGCAUGGACCCAUGGGACAAAUAUGGCCGACACCCGGUCAACAAAUGCUCAUCUUUUCGUUCCAAUAGAACUUCGAAGAACAUGGAUUAUUUUAUAAGUAGUGGCGUUUCAAAGAACAAUAUUUUAACAAAAACAAAACUCUUGCCAUCGGCCGCAUGCCUUUAUCGAGAAGAUGCUUUUAUAUCAAAAUUCAGGAGAAAGAUGCCGAAAUUGUCAACAACAGCGUGGUCGAGUUUCUUAUGUUUUCUCUUUUGUUUUAUGAUUUGUGAAGCGAAAGUUUCACUAAAAGGAGGUCCUCCAAGAUUGACCGGGGAAUCAAAAGUCAAGUUAUCAGCAGUGAUUGGCGAAGCUGUUGUACUGCCUUGUACAAUUGAGGCAGAUUCACCACCUCUUAUAUCAUGGAAACUAAACGGUGAAGAGAUUUUGGGAUUACGGAACAGAUUUAAGAUUUUAAAAUCUGGAUUAAAUCUUCGAAUACGUGAUGUAAGAAUAAGUGAUGCAGGAACUUACAAGUGCACUGCUACGAAUCCGUAUGGAUCAGUGGAUCAUGAGAUUAAAUUAACUGUUAAAGCUGAUCCAGCAGUGGAGCAAAUUCCGACGAAACCACGAUUUUCAUUCCCUACUAAAAUGAGACGAUGGAAUUUGGUGAAACCGGUUAACAGCUUUUUAAGAUUGCGAUGUAGAGCUUCAGGGUUGCCGAAUCCAAAUAUUGAAUGGUAUAAAGACGGAAACCUUACAGAUGAACCAAGUUCGAAAACGGUCAAACAAAAUCGCCCAACAUGGGUUUAUACUAUCCGGAAAGCACAACUAACCGACUCCGGGCAAUACAGAUGUAGAGUGUGGAACAGCGCUGGAGAAAUUAACUUUACGUAUAAAGUCCGGAUAGUAGAUCAACUACGUGAGAGACCCACCCUCCUUGAACCCCAUCCCAUGGACACGACCGUACAUGUCGGUGGCAUGACUACAAUCCAAUGUCGAGUGCAGAGUCGAAUGAAACCAACAGUCAAAUGGAUAAAACGAAUGGAUCAGAAUUCAAUAGCCGCGUAUGGAGAUGAUUUGCCUCAAAAAAUGAUCACCAUUGAAGGAAGACAUUAUUUGAUAUUACCAACACAAGAGAUGUUGUCACUUCCAAAUGGAUCAUAUUUGAACAAGCUGGUUAUUCGUGGUGCAACAGAGAAACACGCUGGCAUGUAUAUCUGUCUAGCCGCUAAUACAAUGGGAUAUAACUACAAAUACGCUUACCUCAACGUCACUUCAGGACCCGUGAAUACAUCAUUGAGAAGUACCACACCCCCACGAACACGGAUAGGAGGACAAGCUCAACCGGGUAAUUCCCGGAGGGGGUCGGCAAACAAGCAAGGAAGCCUCUCACUCCCGGCAAUCAUAGGCGCUCCUGCGGGUAUUGGUCUUGUUAUGGUCGCUUUUCUUGCAUGGUUCUGCCAUCGUCGGAGGGAACAGGCCCUCAAGAACGAGACCGCAAAUACCGUGGUUGUGUCGGGAUCGGACGACCGGUUGUCGGCUCUGGGUUCCAGCAGCGUGGAGACGAAGUCGACGCGUUCGUCCCCGGUUCCACAAGAGUGCGAUCCCCACCAGAUGGAGGAAAACAAUAACAGGGAAAAUACGUUAGGAGGCGUCCCCGAACGACAGAACAAGCAUGCAGAAUCUGUAUACACGAGACACCAUACUUCAAAAUCACCACCUACCGCCGGAACACCGCUUUUGACGGUCAACGAACCAGACGAUAUGGACUUACAAUAUCACGAUCUACCGACAGAUGAUGACACGUACGCCAUGCCACUGGCUCCGCCUUGUUCGGAAGCCGCCACGUCAUGCUACUCAUUUUCUGAAGACAAAUAUCGAAUGAGAUUAGGGCCUCCUCCACCCCCUCCCCCAUCACAACGGAGCACAUCAUCUGUAUCGUCUUAUCCAGACCCAGCACCCCCAUACCCUCACCAUUAUCAUUAUAUGCAUCCACCUGGAAAUGCAAGGAGGCAUCAACAUCACCACCACGCGAGACCAACUCACUACCAUUAUGGUUACUGAAUAUAUCUGACAAAAAACAAUCGCAGUAUGCUUAAAAAACGAAAUAAGAAAAGCGUUUUCUAGUCGACAUUAGAGAGCAUCGAGUUGUACACCUGUUUGUGGUUUCUGCCUAUACCUUCACGGAACUGCUUUGGGGUGAAUUCCUCUUGUUUGUGAGACUACACACUCUUUAGGAAGCGGGACAAUCGGUUAUUUCGAACUUAUAUCAUGAAAGUUUCAUUUUCAGCAAUUUCUUUCAUUUUUAAACAACUAGCUGUUCGUUAUAUAAUUUCGUUUAAUUAGCCAUAUGUCAUUCGCUAGAGAAAUGGCCAUUUUAUUGUAUGUUGCUUCUGCGUUGAGCUUGAUAUUAUUAAAUAAUUUUCUUUUAUUAUUGUACAGCAUUUCACUUUAAAUCAUGGGAAAUUUUAUCUUGAAAUAUUGUUUUUGGUACUUUUAUUCUUAUGCUUUUUUGUUUUUUCGAAUCCUUCGUCUUUUUUUGUUUUGCUUUUUUUAUUUCGAUUUUUCUUUUAUUUCGUUUUUUUGAAAUAUUUGUCUCGUCAUCAGCUUUGUAAGAAUACAAU